GUGUACUGAGCAGGCCUUGGUCCCUCGUGUGCCAGGGAGGAGGUGGGAGGAGGGACACCAGUGGGAGGCUGUCCUCUCCCAGCAGUCUCUGGCUGGUGUUCCCAGGGGCCUCGCCCAGGGUAGGAUGGUGCACACAUGGGUGGCUGCUUCUGCAUUCCCAGGGAGCGGAGUCUGAGCUGGGACCCAGGUAAAGAAACUCCUUCCAAGGAUCUAACUGCAUCGAGGGAGGGUAGAUCCUCAUCUGAAUAUAAGGAAAAAUGUUUCCUGCCACAGAACACGACGUCAGAUCUGACGCUCUCUUUCUGUGUAAAGAGCCGCUCCAGAAAGUGCGUAAAUGGACCCUUGCAGGAAGCAGCCCGCAGGCGCCUCUGGGCACUGGAGAAUGAGGACCAGGAGGUGCGGGCACUAUUUAAGGACCUCUCUGCAAGGCUGGUCAGGAUCCAGUCCCAGAGGGCUCAGUUCCUCAUCACCUUCAAGACCAUGGAGGAAAUCUGGAAGUUUUCCACCUACCUUAAUUUAGGCUAUGUAGCCACAUGUCUGGAGCAUCUCCUCUUUGACCACAAGUACUGGCUCAACUGCAGAUUGGUGGAGGAUACAGAGAUCCAGGUGUCCGUAGAUGAAAAACACUUGGAAACAAUCCACCUGGGACUCCUGAUACAGGAAGGCCAGUUCUUCUGCAGAGCAAUGUUCUCCGUGGCUCAGCCAGCCGAGAAGGAAGGGGAGUGUUUGACACUUCGCAAGGAUGAGUUAAUCUUAGUGAAGACAGCUGAAGGAGGGUAUGAGUGGGAAGGUGUGUCCUUGGUGACGGGUCAGCGGGGCCUGGUGCCCGUGUCAGCCUUGGAGCCUCUGCAUCUCCCGUUCCACCAAUGGUUCCUAAAGAAUUAUCCAGGAAGCUGUGGCCUUUCCAGGAAGAGGGAUUGGACAGGCUCCUAUCAGAUCGGCAGGGGACGAUGUAAGGCCUUGAAGGAUUAUGAGGCAGAAGAAAAGGAUGAGCUGAGUUUCCAGCAGGGAGAAAGCAUCGAGAUCAUCGGCUUUAUCAUACCUGGGCUUCAGUGGUUCAUUGGAAAGUCAAUCAGCUCAGGGGAAGUGGGCUUUGUUCCCAUCACGAGCAUAGAUCCCGAUUCUUAUUCCCCAAUGAGCAGGAACUCUGCCUUUCUCAGCGAUGAAGAAAGAUGCUCCCUGUGGGCCCUGGGAGGUGACAGGAAGGCCGAGUGUGCCAGCUUCCUCCAUACCCUUGCUCACACUGACAUCACAUCUGUCUACCGGCUCAGUGGGUUUGAAUCCAUCCAGAAUCUUCCAAAUGAUGUGAGCGUUGUAGGUGCUCAGCGUUGCUCGACUUUGCCUGUCCUUACAGCAUCCCAGCCAGAAGGCUUCAAGGAGCCCAGAUCUGGCAGAGCCUGGGAGGAACAUCUGUCCUUGGACUCCAGACAGUCCAGUGGCUCUGAGGACUCCAACCCGGAGGAGGAGCUCCUCUCAGCCUCAGACAGCUAUCACCUGCCCGAGCCUGAUGACCUUGGUGACCCGGAACUGUUUGUGGACCUAAGCAGUGGUCAGGAGGAGGAGGAAGCUGAGAACUUUGCACCCAUAUUGGCUUUCCUGGAUCACGAGGGUUAUGCAGACCACUUUAGGAGCCUUUAUGAUUUCUCCUUCUCUUUCCUCACUUCUUCCUUUUACAGUUUCUCUGAGGAAGACGAGCUUGUGGUUUACCUGGAGGCCUCAAGGAAGUGGGCCAAGAGGAGCCACAUGACUUGGGCCCACGCCCGGGUCUGUUUCCUUCUGGGCCGGCUGAGUGUCAGGAAGGUCAAACUCUCUCAGGCCAGGGUUUACUUCGAGGAGGCCAUCCACAUUCUCAGUGGGGUGUUUACGGACCUAUCCUUGGUGGCUGCUCUGUAUGUCAAUUUGGCUGCAAUCUACCUGAAGCAGAGGCUGAGGCACAAAGACUCGGCCCUGCUGGAAAAGGCAGGUGCCCUGCUGGCCUGUCUGCCGGACCGUGAGUGUAGUGCCAAGAAUGAAAUCGACCUGGUGGCCUACGUGCUGCGCCAGGGGAUUGUGGCAGGCAGCAGCGCCCUGGAGGCCAGAGCCUGCUUUCUGGCCAUGCGAUUGCUUCUCCACCUGGGCCAGCAUGAAGAGGUCCUGCCCUUUGCAGAGCGCCUGCAGCUCCUCUCCGGAUACCCUCAUGUCUCAGAGGCUGCAGCCACCAUUUUGACUUUUCUGUAUGACAAGAAAUAUCUUCCACACCUCGCAGUGGCCUCUGUCCGGCAGCGUGGUAGCCAAAGUGCCCAAGGGAUACCUCUUCCUAUUUGGCAGGUCCACCUGGUCCUCCAGAACACCACCAAGCUCCUUGUCAUUCCCUCCCCAGGCUGGUGUGAAGUUUCUGCCCUGGCCUGCCCGACACUCAGGCAGGUGCUGGCGAGCUGUGAGGAGAAGGCAGACUGGAGCACCCAGAGGGCCCUGUGUCUCAUCCUGUCCAAAAUCUACCUCCAUCACAGGUGUCCCGAUGGUGCCAUACACUACCUGAGCCAGGCCCUGGUGCUCGGGCAGCUGCUGGGGGAGCAGGAAGCAUUUGAGUCUUCCCUCUGCCUGGCAUGGGCCCAUCUCUUAGCCAGUCAGGCAAAGAAGGCUUUGGACAUCCUUGAGCCACUUUUAUGCUCCCUGAAGGAGACAGAGAGUGUGACUCAAAAGGGAGUGGUGCAUAACCUCUUGGGACUUGCACUUCAAGGUGAAGGCCGCGUGAACAAGGCAGCCAAGAGCUAUCUGCGGGCCUUGCAUAAAGCCCAGGAGGUGGGAGAUGUGCGUAACCAGGCAGUGACUAUGGCCAAUCUUGGCCACCUAAGCCUUAAGUCCUGGACUCAGAAAUCAGCCAGGGACUAUCUCCUGCAGGCUGUCCGACUCUAUUCUGAACUUCAAGCCAGCAAGGAGACGGAUAUGGAAUUAGCACAAGUGCUUCUCUGGUUGGCACAAGUUCUAGUUUCUGGACACCAGUUGGCCUAUGGCCGCCUUUGUUAUGAAAUGGCAUUGCUGUUCGGCUUAAGACAUCAGCACCUGAAGAGUCAGCUUCAGGUCACCAAAUCCCUCUGCCAUUUCUACAGCUCUGUGUCCCCACAUCCUGAGGCAUGUAUCACCUACCAUGAGCACUGGCUGUCACUGGCCCAGCAGCUCAGGGACCGGGAGAUGGAGGGGAGGCUGCUGGAGUCCCUCGGGCAGCUCUAUCGGAACCUAAACACAGCCAGGUCCCUCAGGAGGUCCCUCAUGUGCACCAAAGAGAGUCUGCGGAUCUUCAUCGACCUGGGGGAGAGAGACAAGGCUGCCAAGGCCUGGCUCGGGGUGGGGCGACUCCACUACCUGCUGCAGGAGGACGAGCUGGUGGAGCUAUACCUGCAGGCAGCCAUCCAGACAGCACUGAAGUCAGAGGAGCCCUCUCUAGCUCUCAAACUUUAUGAAGAAGCAGGGGACGUGUUCUUCAAUGGGACUCGCCACAGGCACCAUGCAGUGGAGUAUUACCGAGCUGGGGCUGUUCCCUUAGCAAGGAGGAUGAAGGUGGUGAGAACUGAGCUCCGGAUUUUCAACAAGCUGACGGAGCUGCAGAUCAGCCUUGAAGGCUAUGAGAAGGCCUUGGAAUUUGCCACCCUGGCUGCCAGGCUCAGCACAGUCACAGGAGACCAAAAGCAGGAACUGGUGGCCUUUCACCGCCUGGCUACGGUGUAUUACUCCCUACAUAUGUAUGAGAUGGCUGAGGACUGCUACCUGAAGACUCUGUCCCUCUGUCCCCCCUGGCUACAGAGUCCCAAGGAGGCCCUGUACUAUGCCAAGGUGUAUUAUCGCCUGGGCCGACUCACAUUCUAUCAGCUGAAGAAUGGGACAAUAACCAGGAGCUGGAGGCAUGCCUGCUUUUCGGGGUUGCUGGAGAAGUGCAGGAGAGAGCAUACAUGCAGCAUCCUUCACAGUGACUGCCACACAGUUAACACAGAGCAGCUGUUAUUGUUAUUACUGACUGAAAUCACCCAUGAGCCAAAAGAGGCUUGGAACUACUGCACAGUACAGCGGAGGCUUGAAAUAUGCCUCACGAUGACUGACUUAUGAUGGGAAGGUGACCCAGAGGCUGAGGAGUGCAACUCUGUGAGACACACAUGUCGUCAGGAUACACACACACACGCACAUAUGCACCUGCAACCCAUGCAUACACACACACUUGUGGCAUACAUACACUUAUACACAUGUGCACACAGAAUAUACACAAUGUACUGUGGUGUUUAUGCUUUCACACAUGCACCUAAUUUGCUCACACAUGUGCACACUCAUGUACAUAAUAUACCUGUGGCACACACGUGUUCCUUACAUGCACUUGCAGUCUGCACACAUGUGCACCUUUGGAGUACGCGUGCUCAUGCACACACACGUACUUACACAAUAUACUUGUGGCAUAUGCAUACUCUCACAUGUGUGUGCACACAUGUUCACCCACACGCACACACACAUAUGCACACACAAUGCACUUGUGGCAUACACUUGCUCACAUGCACACACAUUCCGCAUGCACACACUCCUUCCCUCCCUUAGCUUAGUUAACACCUACUUAUCCUUCAGCUCUCAGCCCAAAUGUCGCAGCCUCAGGACAGCCACCCUGACCUUCCAGGUGAGGCCGGGUCACCCAGGCUGAGCUCUUUUGACACUUUGCACUUUUCCUCCUCAGUUUGCAGCUCAGUUGUCAUUGAGUAAUUGCAGUAAGUUUAUUAAUUCUCUAUUUCCUGUAAGAAUGUUAGUUCCAUGGAAGGCAGGGAUAAACCAGUCUAUUCUCCACUGAUCACAAUCCCUUCAGGUAGCCUGGCACAGUGGGUGGUGUUUCUUCCGUCACACUUGCCAUCAAUUCAAUACAACCAGCAGGAUGCUUUUUGCAUGCAAGCUGGGGAAUAAACUGAUUCCUACUGGGGUUACCCUAAAUGAGAUACCUUGUACAGGAGUUUUGGCCUUGAAGUCUGUGAUGAUUUGUAGACUCACUCAGAGAGAAGCUUCACCAUGCUGUAGAAAUUGGUAACAAAGAAAAUCCGAAUUUCAGAUGCAACUCUAGUCACCAGGAAAACAUGUUUUUUGGGAGAGAAUAUCUAAGAAGUCUGAAAUGCAGACAGCUCCUUAUUGCCUCUUAUUCCACUUUCCCCUGGGAGGUCAAGGGACACCAGCAACUGCCACAAGUGAUCAGGCUGAUGAGUCACUCUCUGGGCUGGGAGUGGGGACUGUUUCCUUUCUCCUGCAGCAGCAGGCAGGCCCCUGUUAGACAAGAGGGCAGAGGUGGAUCGAGAAUGGAGAUGAGAAACACAAUGCGUGGUGGUAAACAGCAGGCUGCUGGGGUUAGAGUCAUUCAUCUUCCUUUACUCAUUACCCAUUAGCAAAUAGUCAUGGUCACUUUCCAGGUGCCAGGCAGUAUGUUAGCUGCUGAGGAUACAGGAGAAAAUGAGAUAGACAGUCCUUGAACUUGGGGUGCUCAAGUCUAGUUAGUGGGAUAGACAGGGAACUAGGCAACCAACACGAGGUGUGAUCCAUGCUCCAAUGGAGGUGUG